AUGCGUAUCACGCUGCCGUCCUUUUCAGAGGCACGCACAUACCCCCGCUCCCGGAGCGUGCAGAUGCGUGGGCGCGCGCUCAUGAUCCUCUUUCUCCUAGGGCUCACGUAUCUCGCAUGGCCGAGCCCGCCUCUGCCUCCAACCUACGCCGACGAGUGGAAGAGGGAACGCCAGCUGCCGCAGCACAACCCCUGGCUACCUGCCCCGGAGGGAAGGGAUGGGCGAUACGUGCGUUUCGACGUUCCUCCAACAGACCUCCAUGGCCAACUCCAACACGCUCUCCUACAGCACCACGUUGCAGUCUCCUCGAACAGGUCGUUUGCCUUCUCGCCGAUUCGGAACGCAGGCACGUUGGAAGCCUGGGCUUGGCCAUGGCGCAAUACGCGCAUCCCCCUCGGUGCAGUGACCAGGACAGCCACGAGUGGCUUUGAGAAGCUCGCAGACCUCCCGCGCGCCGUCUCGGCCUCAUAUUACGGUAGUGUAUGCCGGCGCGAAAGGGUAUACACAGUCCGCUCCCCCCAAUUUCCGAAUGGAGACCUGGACUUGCAGACCGGCGGAAGAGCACGGCUGGAACAGCUGGCAUCACUGUUGGCGGGGGAAGACGGUUGUAUUCGCAUACGAGGAGAUGUCUUUCCCGCGUACUUUAUGGACGACGGCGCGGCGAUGGACAUGAUCCAUGACCUCGUGAACUCGCCUGUACUGCAGCACUUCUCGUUCGGAGCGCCAGUGUUGGAUGCGCUGAACCGGGCACUCCCCGUCCUCGCACCGAGUUCUGAGCCCUACAAUCUCGAGGCCAAGGGUAUAAAGCUACCGCCAUGGAAACAUCUCCUGGCUCUGCAAGCUCACUCGUCCGCAUGGGAGGACAAGUGCCGCGAUCUCGGCAACCGGUCAGCACUGUUCGUGGGAUUCAACAAGCUCCCCUCACUUCCUGGGAACGAGAACAUCCCUCCUCACUCUGAUAUGCUGGCCCCCGCCCGGGCAGGGCUAUAUGCGGCCAAGUGCGCGCCCCAAACGACGGCUGUGAUCGCGCGCGCUCGACGCAUGCGAAAGAACCAUCCCAUCCUACGGGCAAUCUAUCUUGUCACGGACAGCGACGAGUGGGCGGAUGAAUUGGCGCGCUGGCUCCUCAGUGAUGGCUGGGAGGCGGUGUAUGUCGCGAGUGAGGUGCACAAUGCCUGGCGUGAUUGGGAAGUCCGGCCCAUGGUCGACACGGAAGUUAUGCGCCGCGCUGGCGUGUUCGUUGGCAACGGAUUCACGACCAUGGCCAGUAACGUCGCGUUGUUGCGGGCGCGCGAUCUUGUGCAUCCCGAUUUUACGCAGUUCUGGUAG